AUGUGGGUCUGCUCGAGACCCUCAACGGGAAUCAGGGUGUACGGAUACCCUACAGAACUCGUGGAUGAGUUCGGUUAUUUGGGAUUUAUGCUGAAAAACGAUGGCAGCUACGAGAGAGAUAUUCAGCAAAGAUGCGCUGAAGCUAACUCGGCAUUCAACUCAUUGACCAAGUGCUUGUGGUCGACCCCCAUCGCCAACGAAGUCAAGCUGCGACUCAACCUAUCCGCAAUUCGCCCUAUCAUAAUGCAUGGAUCGCAGACUUGGGCGGCGCCGUCGGCGGUGAUGAAGAAGUUUGGCUACAUGGAAGCUGUUUAG